ACAGAGUAUCACAGAGAGGCAGAGAUUAUUAUAUAUAAAGCAGCACUGGCACAUCUGUUUUAGGUGAAUAUAAACACAAGAUCUCUACCUCAAUGGGCUAACAAUGAACAGCUGAUAUGAAAACACAAGAGGACAAGAGACUGAAGAGCGAGAAAGUUAGGAAGAAGAGUGAAGGAUGGAUAACAUCCUAUCAGGAAACAGCUGUCUACAGAAAGUGUGUGAAUUGGCUUAUCUAUCUUUUAAAUGAUUUGAUAUUUACAACUUCCCAGACUAAACAAGAAAAUACAGAACUGCCAUUUAUUGAAUGUGGAGAUCCAGAAAAAUAUCAGAGGAUGGAACAGUUACCAUCUCCAAGGAUUUUGGCAACACACCUUCUUUAUGACAAUCUCCCUAAGUCUAUCUUCAAGAAUAAAGCCAAGAUACUGGUGUUGUUUCGAAAUCCUAAAGAUACAGCUGCAUCAUUUUUCCAUUUCCAUAACAAUACCCCAAACGUCCCCAGUUAUAUCUCCUGGGAUGAGUUCUUCUCAGAGUUCAUGAGUGGAAAAGUCAGCUGGGGAUCCUAUUUUGACCAUGCAGUUGCCUGGAACAAACACAUUGAGGAUGAAAAUGUUAUGCUUAUAACAUAUGAAGACCUGAAAGAGAACCUGACUUCUGGAUUGAAGCAAAUAGCUGAAUUCUUUGGAUUCUCUCCAACAGCAGAGCAGAUUCAGUCUAUUGCAGACAGGGGCAACUUCCAAGCAAUGAGAGAGAAAUCCCAGGAGAUCUAUGGCCCAAUUGGCCCAGUUCUCUUCCGUAAAGGUGUUGUUGGAGAUUGGAAGAAUCUUUUUAGUGACGCUCAAAGCAAGGAAAUGGAUGCCAAAUUUAAAGAGUGUUUAGGGGGAACCAAAUUGGAAGCAAAGAUGAAGUAUGAUGUGUACUGCAAGGCCUGAGUGGUUACAGAAAAUCUCACUUUCAUAUGUGCAUUUAAUGUUUUUUAUAUACUCUAAAAAGCAUACUUUAAAUUAGGACAAGUAUCUUAGUUGUAAUUAUAACUUGUUAGCAUAAUAUUAUACGAUUACAUUUCUAGUAAGUUUGGUUUUCUCAUACCAUCACCAAUCAGGCUACAGUUUGGUAAAGCUCUUAAGCACCUGCUUCACUUUAAGCAUAAUCAGUGGGAUUACUCAUCAAAUUAAUAAAGGAACUUCAAUGUUUUGCUGACUAGACAUAGGAUACUUUAACUUAAAGCAAGUUAUGCGAAUAUGGUAUGCAGAACUGAAGCCUGAGGGCAUGUCUACACAGCAGGGAUAAAGCCAAAAUAAGCUAUGCAACUUAAGCUACGUCAAUUGCGUAGUGUAAGUUGAAAUAGCUUAAUUUGGCUUUUGGUGCUGUUUAUACAGCAGGAAGUCCGAGAAAGAGCACUCUGCCUCCGACUUCCCUUACUCCUCGUACAAUGAAGGUCACAGGAGUCGGAGUAAAAAGUCCUCCAGCUCGACAUAAUUUUGACAUUCUGUCAAAAUAACGGCUUGUAGUGUAGAUGCAGACUAUGUUACUUUGGAUUAACAUCAGUUAUUCUGAAAUAAUACUGUUGUGUAGCUGUACCCAUAAUGAAGAAGUGCUAUCUAUCUAUCUACAAUUUUUAUCCAAGCAAGUUGAGAGAGAGAUAGACAGCACUGCCCAAAAGUUCACUGUUUCUGCUAUAUUAGGAAGUUUUAUGCAAAGACCACUGAAGGCAGAGCAAUAAUGAAAAGGAAAUUGGAGUGGUGAGUACAAAUUAAUACAAGUGUAAAUUGGAAUGAAGGCAUUUAUUGGGAGCAAGUCACUUGGAAAGCAGUGAUGGGAAGGAGAUGAAAGGGUGCUUGUGGGCUGCUAGUGAGACAUGAGUUUGUAAUUUGACAUUGGCAACAAACAAAAAGCCAAUUCAGUUUUAGACUGUAAAUCCAAAGGUUUUGUAUCAUGGACCAGGGAUGUGACAUAAUUUCUGUGUGUGACAGUGGAGAGAUCAGACAAGGACUCCUGUAAUUUUGGACACCCAGAUACCAGAAGAACAAACUGGGGAAAAUUCAUGGCAGAGCAAUAUAAGUGAUCAGGGAUCUAUAAGGAAUAAAAUAGUGCAACUACGCAGUGGGGAGUGUGGUAUCUCCAUUGUUGUAUUAGAGCAGAAAGAGUGGAAUUAAUUAAGGUGCUGAAAUAGCUAGGAAUAAUGGGAUGAAAGUGAGGUAAAUAUGUUUAGACUGCAUAUCAGGAAAUGUUUUCUGAACCCUAACAGUGAAUAUGUCUUAACAGGUUUCUAUAGCUUCUUAUCACGGGUGUGAUUUAAAAGUAGACUGGAGACAUGGACUAUAAAGAACAGUUGUAUGGAGGCAGGGAGAUGGACUAAGUCUUCUAGGACUUUUCCAUCUCUAAUUUCUAUAACUCAAGGAAUUAUCAAUCCAUGCUCAUUGAUGAAAAUGAACUAUGUUCCCAAUAUUAUUAAAAAAAUGUACUUUCAGCUAGCUUGUGUCUUUUGUAAGAUGUAUCCCCUCAAGAAUUAUCCUGCCAAAGCACUGUUCCUUCCCUGUUCCCCUUCUGUUCUAGAUAAAGAAUAAGUUACAUCAGCCCUUGAAAGGGUGUCAUUUACUUCACCCUUUUGCACUGAGCCAGCUAUUCCAGCUGGGGGUGGAGGUAGAAGAGAGGGGUAGAGCUAAGACUCCAACCCCUUGCUGUUCACUUGCUUGAAGCAGGGAGUGUCUGAGAGCAGGGGAUAAGUUCCAAAUGAAACCCAGAUCUAGCUAGGCUGGUGAUGAGUAGGGCCUUACUUUCUUAACUGAGUAAAAUAAGGGCAGAGUCUAACCCUUUCUUUGUAUAUGCAUUAAUGUUGCUUAAUUGUAUAGUACAGCCCAGGCCUCUUGAUUUAAAUGUAUUUUAAAGGUAAUAUAUGCACAGUUUAUGAACUAUCAAUCCCAUGUGAUUAGUGCCAUUGAGUUCAGUGGGAGUACUUUGAUAAGGAUUGUAGGAUCAAUCCCUGUUUUUUAAACUCAUUUUAGCUGCAAUGUUGUUUUGUAGAAUUCUAUGUAGAAUGCAAUAAAGAAAGUACUGGCAUUAUUCAAAGCUGAUGAAGUCAUUGGAAAUCUAUUCAGUAUGUUAAAUUGAUUUUCCAAGAAAUUUGUUUGAAGAAUUCUAUAUAAAUGAAUCCUUUCUAACAGCCUGCCAUUGUUUCCGGAGAAAGAAUGGAUGUUGCAGAGUGGAGGAGUUAACUAGACUUUCUGAUCUGUCCCUAACCCCUAGAUAGAUAUCUGGAGAAUGAAUAAGACAGACUGGAAGCUGGAGUUUCCCUCAUGUUCUUGCUUUCUUGUUUUUUCCCUUUGUUUCCUUUCUCACUUUCCUUUUCAAUGGUGUCUGCCAGCUUCUGUCCCAGAAAUAAUCACUGCGAGUGAGAUAAAUGGACGGGCAGAAAGAGCGUUCGCUCCAAGGAAAUUGAGAAAAGGAAUGAUGUGCUUGCACUUUCAUCCUCCCUCACCAUGUAAUUUAAGAACAAAGGCUUUACCACAAAUGCUGUGUUCAGGCAACAUGAACACACUCUGGCAGUCAUAGUUAUAAGGUGCCCCGCUCUUUCCUUAUAAGGUCACCCCAAAAACAUGGUUUGCUUUUUUCUGUCCUGUUCCCCUUUUUAUUUUCUUACCCUGUGGCAGUCAUAUCCACUUUAGUAGGGAGAACUGUCUACAAUUCACAAAGGCUAC